AUGAUGAAGAUGUCUGAUGUGUCAUUUAACUUCCCCCAAACUAUUUCAAACAAGUUACCUACAUUAACUCCAAAGGCAUCAUUGCGAAAUAGCGAUAAUACUUUUGACAGCAAUCUGGACAUCAUAAAGUUUAAUGAAAACUUUACGAUGCUUUUAUUAACAAUUUUAAGCGAUGCUGAUGAUGAUGAUGGUGAUGAUGUGGAAACUAGUUGA